UUAGAUUAUAUUGCUUUUAAAGCGCAAAAUUUAAUAUUGGAUUUUACACUCGUGAUCUUAUUCGUGAGAAUUUAUCUUCAUACAUAUUAUUAUAUAAAAGAACAAAAACCUGUAUUACCUUCUCAUUCGGAUGAUCAAGAAGAAAAUACCGCGAAUAAAAAGCUUAAAUUUAUUACUCAUCCAAAUCAAGUUUUAUUAUUACCUCUUGCUGCUCUCGUGCAUGUAUUUGGAAUUAUUGCUAGUUAUGUACUUAUUAAUAACAUUAUCGGAAAUAUAGCAUUCUUAGUAUCAACCGCGAUCUCGUUUUCAAUAUAUUCUUUCUACAUUUAUUUAGAUACUCACUAUACAACAAAUACCUUCAAUUCCAAAAAUAUUGUAUUGCCUUAUACUCCUACUUGGAAAUUGAUAAUUAUAUUCUCGUGGUCUAUUAUCCUUUCUGCUGCUACGAUAAGAAUUAUCAUACAUAAAAAAAGAAUAUAAAGAUUAUACGUAAAUAAUGCAGUUAUAAAUUUUUAAUUUAUAUAAUAUCAAUAUGUUGUGAUUGUCACCACUGGUGAUUUUCACAACUGCGUUAGGUCUCGGUAAAUUACCUCACUUCUCCAUUAUUUUAC